AUAAUUUCUCUAUCAUUCCGCAUUCUCCGUUACCAAACGAAAAGCCAUCGUCCGAGCGGCCGCCGCCAUGGCGAACCAACCGCCGCAUCAGCAGCCGGACGGCAUGGCCGACGACUUCUUCGAGCAGAUCUUCUCCCUGCCCUCAUCUUACACCGCCGGCGGGGACGCCGGCCUCGGCGGAGCCGACGGUAGCCUCGCCGGGGUUCCCCUCCACCGGAGGCCAGCCGACGUACCCGGUGGCGUAGGUUGCGCGUUCCCCCUGGGGCUGAGCUUGGAGCAGGGCUCCUCGAGCGGGAAGCGUCUUCGCGAGGACCCGGAGGGAAAGGCGGAGAGGGAUACGUUUCCGUCGGCGGGGUUGUUUGCUCCGGGGUUCGGCCACAUCCAGUCCCAUCAAAUGCGACCUAAUCCUCCUCCUCCUCAGGCUUUCCAUGGUCAAGCCAAGCAAGGUGGAGUUGCAGCCUUUCCACAACCUCCAGCUCCACGACCAAAGGUGCGGGCAAGGCGUGGCCAGGCCACUGAUCCUCAUAGCAUUGCUGAGCGAUUACGUAGAGAAAGAAUAGCGGAAAGAAUUAGAGCGUUGCAGGAAUUGGUACCCAACACUAACAAGACAGAUAGAGCGGCCAUGCUUGAUGAGAUUCUAGACUAUGUGAAGUUUUUGAGGUUGCAAGUGAAGGUACUAAGCAUGAGCAGGCUCGGCGGUGCUGGUGCUGUGGCACAGCUGAUUGCUGAUAUUCCCCUGGCAGUUGAGGGAGAGGCAGGCAAGGGCGGUACCAACCAACAGGUGUGGGAGAAGUGGUCGACAGAUGGCACAGAACGGCAAGUAGCAAAGCUUAUGGAGGAAGAUAUUGGAGCGGCAAUGCAGUUCCUUCAGUCCAAGGCUCUCUGCAUGAUGCCGAUUUCACUGGCCAUGGCAAUCUAUGACGCACACCAGCCUGAUGCCCAACCAGUCAAGCCUGAACCCGACACCCCUUCAUAACGAAAGCAAUUAACCUAACCUGUUUCAUCAGUAUAACAAUAUGUACCAAUCAACUCAGCUAUCAUAUGAUGUCAUUUUCUACCUUUUUUCUUUUGUCAAAGGUUGUAUGAUUGCAAGCCUAUGGUUAGCGAAGAGUCUACUCAUCUCGACAAAUCUUCCAAUAUGCUUUUGAAUGAUGGGAGGAAAGUCGGCAAAGUUCUUUCCUGCUCA